UCUUCACCAACGGGGUUGAGCCCUGUGCAUCACGUGUCAGCCGGAAGAUUGUUGAACCACUUCCGAGAGUUUCCGACCAAUGGAACUGGAGGAGUCGCGGGUCCUCGCGUUGAGCGACAGGUCUAUCGCUCAAUCGGGAAGCAACAGCUGGGAUGGGAGAAGCCCUGAUGGCUGUUCCCUUGGCCAAUAGCUGCGAGAAGUCGUGCUUGAAGGACAAGCUCGUUUGGCCAAUAGAAAGUGGGAGGAGGUGAGCUAGCUUGAUGAACAAAGCCUCCAGCCAAUGAGCGGCGGGGCUGCACCGUGGGCGAGCCAGCGCCAACCACCAAUGGGAAGCGGGACAAGGGGUUGAGCGGUUUGAGUGGCACCCCCACUCCCCAAUGAGCACACCCCGCGAGAGGCGGGGCUCCAACCGCGGAGUCGCCAACGGCGAGUGCGAACCCCGGAGAGCGACAGCGGUGCGGACCAAUCGAAGAUGAGCGCGGCAGCGACUGGCGGGCGGCUCCGCCAAUGGCGCGGCGCGGGGGAGGCGGGAGCGCGGUGAGGUGGGGGGUGCGAGCCAAGCAGGAAGUGGCUGAGGAGAAGCGGCCGCCGCCGAGGGGCCUGGGCGGGAACCGGCUGCCCGCUGCACCAGGUACCUGCGGCGGCGGAUUUGUCCUCCUGCGGGUGGCCGCGGAGAGGCCGGGAGCAGCGGCGCAGGGCCAGGCUUUGUCCAGCGUUUCCUCCGUGCCUCGGAAGCUAAUCCCGGCCGUCACGUGGUGCCGGCGGCGCAGCCGUUCCCGCUGGCCUCGGACGCGACUCCGCCGCAUUCCCCACCAUGGGUGACAUGAAAACCCCGGAUUUUGACGACCUUCUGGCAGCUUUCGACAUUCCCGACAUCGACGCCAACGAGGCCAUUCAUUCCGGCCAUGAGGACGCCGACGCUCACAUCAAACAGGUCCCCGUGGAGCCGGGACCCCCCGACCACGUCCUCCCGCACGCCGACAUCACGGCCGUCAGCGUCAUCGUGAAGAACACGGUCUGUCCCGAGCAGCUGGACGCCCUGGAUGGACGCAGCAAGGAUGGACACGUCCUCGGGUCCCGCUUGCUGCAAAACGGCUUCGGGGCCGCCGAAAUACCCCGGUCCCCCCCGGCCAGGUCUGCGGAAGCCUCUUCCAACGGGGAGUGUUGGGGGAAAGAAAAAGGCCCCAAACCCCUGGAUAUUUUCUCCCAUUUUAGCCCCGACCCCAACGAAGACAACGCCGCCAACCUGAUCGACAGAGCCCGCGAGUGCAAACCCAAGGAGAAGUCGCUCGCCGUGCCCUCCCUCUCGCCAUCGCCCACGCCGGCGCUCGACUGCAAGGAGCCCAUGAGAGAGAGCGCCGAAAACAUGGCCCCGGCGUUCCCCGCGGCCUUCGAGCCAGGCCAGGCCGGGGGUGCCGCAUCCCCCCCCGCCAUCGCCUGCAUCAAGAAAGAGGAGUCGGACUCGGAGGAGACGUGCCGGGAGGGCAGCCCCAAGGGCCUGGCUGCUGCCUUGGGGGACAGUCCCUUGGACCACCUGAAAUCCGUCACCGUUCGCUACGCCGCCGAUGAUUCUCCCAUCGCCACCUGGCCCGGUUCUGACCCAAAUCUUGAUGGCGGCACCGCAAACGUCACCGAGGUGAAACAUUCGCCUGUCAGCCCCCGCGAGCCCUUCUACAAACCCUCCUCGCCCGUUGUGCAGAGCCCCAGGCUCCCCCCAUCCCCAAAGCAGCUGGACGGCCUCAAGGAAGAGCACCAAGUCCUGGAGAAGUCGAUGGGAAGCCCACAGAGCAUGUCGAGCGCCGAGGAAGAGGAGGAGGAAGAAGACAACAACAACGAUUCCCCUUCUUCCAACUCCUCGCGGCCCCUGAAGGUGCGGAUCAAAACCAUCAAAACGUCUUGCGGCAGCAUCACCAGGACGGUGACCAGGGUGUCGUCGGAUUCCGAGCCGGGCUCCACUAAGGGCCCGGCCGAGCAGAGCUCCCAGGAUGCGGCCCUUGAGGUGUCAGCCGAGAAGGACGAGGGGAUGGCGCUGGAGGCGCCCAAGGAGAAAACGGAGCUUUCCAGCCCCUUGAAAACCAUCGAGGGGCCAAAAAUCGUCAGCGUCCAGCUCGGCAACGGCACCAAGCUCAAAGGGACCGUCCUGCCCGUGUCCACCAUCCAGAACGCCAGCAGCGCCAUGCUGAUCGCCGCCAGCGUGGCCCAGCAGAAAUCCGUGGUGCUGCCGGCGAAGACGGGCAAAGCCGUGGCCAAGAACAUCAUCAACCUGGUGCCGCAGAGCCUGCCCAAGGCCGACACCAGGACCAACGCCAGCACGGUGACGCAGACCGCCACCAUCACCACCACCGCCAACCAGAAGGUCAACGGCACCACGGUGGUGAUGGUGCAGCCGCAGAAACCAUCCCCGACCGUGGCGGGCACCGUCAUCUCCCGCAGCCAGUCCAGCCUGGUGGAAGCCUUCAACAAGAUCCUCAACAGCAAGAACCUCUUGCCCACCUAUAAACCCAACCUGAACCCGCCGGCCGACGCCAGCCUGGCCCUGCCGCCCUUCGGCUACCGCUGCCUGGAGUGCGGCGACUCCUUCGCCCUGGAGAAGAGCCUGGCGCGGCACUACGACCGGCGCAGCAUGCGCAUCGAGGUGACCUGCAACCACUGCACCAAGCGCCUCGUCUUCUUCAACAAGUGCAGCCUGCUGCUGCACGCCCGCGAGCACAAGGACAAGGGCCUGGUGAUGCAGUGCUCCCACCUCGUCAUGCGCCCCAUCGCCCUGGACCAGAUGAUCGGCCAGCCCGACAUCACCCCCCUGGUCUCGGUGACGUCCUUCCCCGCCGGCAAGGUGACCGGCGUGACGCAGGACGCCUUGGUGGCGGCCAACGGGGCGCAGGAGCUGCCCAUCCUGCCGCUGGGCAGCGGCGCGGAGCAGAGCAGCUACAGCUGCUUCAGGUGCCUGGAGUGCAAGGAGCAGUGCAAGGACAAAGCCGGGCUAGCCGCGCAUUUCCAGCAGGCCGUGACCACGGGGACGACCAGCAGCACGGUUUGCACGACGUGCCCCAUGAUCAUGUCCAACCGCUGCAGCUUCAACGCCCACCAGCGCAUGCACAAGAACCGCCCGCCCCACGUCUGCCCCGAGUGCGGGGGGAAUUUCCUCCUGGCCAACUUCGAGACGCACCUGAAGGAAGCGUGUCUGCACUUCUCCCGCAGGGUCGGCUACAGGUGUCCCAGCUGCGCCGUGGUCUUUGGUGGGGUCAACUCCAUCAAGUCGCACAUCCAGACGUCCCACUGCGAGGUGUUCCACAAGUGCCCCAUCUGCCCCAUGGCCUUCAAGUCGGCCCCCAGCGCCCACGCGCACGUCUACACGCAGCACCCCGGCUUCAGCAACCAGCAGUCCAAGAUGAUUUACAAGUGCGCCAUGUGCGACACCGUCUUCACCCACAAGCCGCUGCUCUCCUCCCACUUCGACCAGCACCUGCUCAACCAGCGCGUCAGCGUCUUCAAGUGCCCGGACUGCCCGCUGCUCUUCGCGCAGAAGCGCACCAUGCUGGAGCACCUCAAGAACACUCACCAGCCCCAGAAGCCCAAGGAAGACCUGGCGAAGAAGGUGGCCGUCCUGCUGACGCCCAAACAGGAGCCCGUUGAAACCCCCGUGUCCAAGAUCUCGGAGGAAUCGUCGUCGUCCACGGAGGAGGACGAGCCCCCCAGCUCCCCCGAGCUGCGCAAGACCAAGCGGAGCCGCUUCCAGCGCAAAACGGGCAACAAGUCCAAGGGCAGCGGGUGGACGUGCGGCGUUUGCCACUCCUGGUUCCCGGAGCGCGACGAGUACGUGUCCCACAUGAAGAAAGACCACGGCAAGUCGGUGAAGAAGUUCCCGUGCCACCUGUGCGAGCGCUCGUUCUGCUCCGCGCCCAGCCUGCGCAGACACGUGCGCGUCAACCACGAGGGGAUCAAGCGCGUCUAUCCCUGCCGAUAUUGCACGGAGGGCAAACGCACCUUCAGCAGCCGCCUCAUCCUGGAGAAACACAUCCAGGUGCGACACGGGAUCAAAGUGACCGACCAGCCCAAGAGCCAGGAGGUCGUGAUCGCCCGCAUCGGCACCGGCACCGCGCAGGUGUCCGCUCGGAAGCGCAAACUUUCCUCGGACGAGGGCGACUCGUGCAGCGAGGAGCCCGACAGCACCACCCCCCCUUCCAAAACGCACAAGGGCGAGCGCAAGGCCCCUUUCCGCUGCCGAAAGUGCGGUUACCUGGCCAGCAGCUCCGCCGACUUCCAGGAGCACAUCCCCCAGCACCGGACUGACGAGAGCUCCCACCAGUGCCGCGAGUGCGGGCUCUGCUUCACCUCCCAGGUCUCGCUCAACCGCCACCGUUUCAUCACCCACAAGAAGAAGAGAAGCGCGGGGGAGCCGGAGGAACCGGGGCCGCGCAGCCCCCGGGACGGCGCCGCGCAGCACGCGCCCGACGGCAAACUCUCCUGCAAGGUGUGCGGCCGCUGCUUCGACACCCAGCUCAACCUCAAGACGCAUUUCCGCACGCACGGCAUGGCCUUCAUCCGCGCCCGGCAGAACGCCAGCCCCGAGAACUAGCGCCGCCACCGGGGGAACCCAACACCUGUAAAUAAUGGGCGCGGAGCCGCCGUGACCCCGUGUCCUCCAUCCCUCCUCCGGUUCGCAUCGCGGAGCCGCCAAGAGAGAAGCUGGUCUGCACCGGAGCAUUUCGGUCACCGGAUCGUCCGGGGCACAAAGAGCCGAGUCCGGACGCGCCGCCGCUUCGCGGGGAGACCAAACGGUUUGUUCGCCGCUCGGUCCUCGUCCGCUCCCGGGGACGGGAGGACGUCCCAUCCCACCCCGCACCGCCGGUGCCAACCCCGGGCUCCUCUCCGCCCCGGUGCUGCCGGCAAAUCGUGACCACGGUCGCUUCUCCGGCGCAGGACAGAGACGUCUGUGCUGACAACAUCACAGCAACAUCCACUUUGUUUUGUUGUGUUAUUUUUAAUCUCCCCAUUUCGAAUGUUGCUCAUUUGGGAGCCGGUUCCAGACCCGCAGCCCCAGGUCCCUUCUCGCCGUCACCGCGCGGACUCGGGGCGGUUUGGCCGCUCCCAGCGAGGAGGAAGAAGAGGAAGAGGAGCAGAAUGGGGGGCGGCGGAGGCAAAACGAGGCGCGAUCCGUCACCGAGAAGCCGCUGCCGAACCGCUGCCGGUGAGUCCGGGGGGAACCGGUGUCACCCGCUGGUGUCACCGCAGCCCGACCCGCGUCCCCGCGAGGGUCUCGAUCCCUUUGGGGGGAAUAAAGGAGCAAAACCCAGCCCGAAACGGUGUCGCUGGGGCGUUCUCAUCAUUUCCUUGUGAAUAACCACCCGCUAACGAGCUUUGUAAAGUUGUAUCAUACACUAAAAGUAACAACCAGAAAACUACUGUUGUGAUUUUGGGGGGGUUGUUUUGGUGUUGUUUUGGGGUUUGGGUUGAUUUCUUAUGUGCUGGGCUUGGCCUUUGGUUGCUUUUCCUUGGGUUGAAGCGCUGGGGUGGAUUCAACCAACACCACAAGACCCGGGGUGGGCGGGGGGGGCCACUUUUUAACCUAAAAGGCGCAAAAGCAACCAAACGCUUCCCAAAACCCCCUUUGUCCCCCCACCCCGAGCGCGUGGGGCCGUGAACGUGUAAAUGCUGUUUCAUAAUAGAGAAGAACCUAAAGUUUCUACGAGUUUUAGAGGAAGGAAACGAAUCGCUUUGUAAUCUCUUGGUUUUCAAGCACUUCAGUGCCUUUAGAGUGAUUUCGGUUCAAAAUGGGGGGGGGUCGGGGUUGGGGGGGGGGGCCGUGCUCUUGUUUUUAGGGUCGUGCUGAUGCUACAGUAAAACUCCGGGCACUGCAGAGCUCUCAGGUAUCAUUUAUUCUUGUAGUAAUAACGCAAUUAAUUAAACUUUUAGUGGUUUAA